GGAGCUCCGGCAGAGACAAAACACACAUACACACACACCCCGACACACACACACACCGACACACACCGGGCCGGAUUCAGCUCGCGCCUCCGCCAGCGCCCUCCGUUAGCACGCCGGGGUGAGGGGCUGGAUGUGAGCGGUUUAGCUGAGGGUCUGCAGUACGCGGUCAGGGGUCUCCACACCUCCACUUCACCUGACCACCAAGCAGGAUGGCAGAGGGCGGGUUUGACCCGUGUGAGUGUAUCUGCUCUCAUGAACACGCUAUGCGGAGACUCAUCAACCUGCUCAGGCAGUCCCAGUCCUACUGCACAGACAAUGAGUGCCUUCAGGAACUUCCAGGACCCGGUGCUUCUGCUGGGGAGGAUUUAACUGUGUUUAUGAUUAUUAUGGGCUGGGUGGUGUUGGCUGCCAUCCUCUUCUUACUGCGUCCUGCCAACAUGAGAGCACCACAGACCUGCAACAAUUCUACAGGCCCCGCUGCAAAUCACCGCAGAGAACCCCCAGCGCCUCCAGUGGACUAACAGGACUAGAUCACCGGGCUUCUGAGAUCUGAUCUGAUUUGUUCUCAUGAUAAAAUCGUUGACCACUGACCUCUGACCUCUGACCUGCGCUGUGGAUAUGGUUACCAAUUUAGUUAGUUAAAUGUUACUGUUUCUGGGUCUGACUUUUAUCAGUUAUUAUUUCUUUUUGUGUUUUUUUAACCCUCUAAGCUUUCUUAACUGUUUUUGUCUGGAUUUCUGUGGGUGGAGAGUAGAGAUGCGUAUAAGCAAGAAUUUAUGUACUUAAUGAUACGUACAGUAUCACGAUACAGAGGUUACAAUUCAUAAUAUAACAAUAUAUUAUAAGCAUGGCAAUAUAUUGUUUAAAUCAAUAUUUUGGGGAACUCCCAUGUUAUAAAAACACAUUCUUGUAUUAUUAAUUAAUCUGAAAACGAAAAAGAAAAGUCUACUUUUUAGGUAUUUAUAUCAAUAAUCCUUAUGUUUUUAUAACAAUAAUCCUUAUGUUUCAACUAUCAAUUAAAAAUCAAUAUUUUGUUCUUUAAAAUCGAUACAGGGUUACAAAACAAAAUAUCACAAUAUGAUAUAUCAUUUUUUUUCUUACACCCCUUGUGGAGAGUCUCUUUAUUUAGAGCAGAUUACAUCUAAAACAGACACCUAUAAUAUAAUUUUAAUUUUGUUAUAUUACUCUGUUAUUGUUAUCUUAGUAUGGACCAUUAUGUCUGCUGUAGCAAAUUUGCAACAUACCAAAUUUACCCCAAACAGACCAUAUUGCCUGUUGUUGCAAAUUUGCAACAUACCAAACUUUCUAUUUAUUUUUGUGCAAAAGUGAAAUUAAUAAUCUCAACAAUAUUUACUAUCUACUUAAAGGUAAAACACACAUGAAACAUUUUUUCAUAUACAGCUACAUUAAUUCAGGCGUUAAGGGGUUAAUAUAAUUUGGGAUAUAUUGCAAUACUGUAAGCAAAGCAAUAUUUUGCGAUUGUUUAAAUCUAAAUUUUAGGGAACUGUCAUGGUAUAAAAACACAUUAUUAUAUUAUUAAAUCUAAAAGUAAAAGAAAACAUUACUUUUUAUGUAAUUAUAAACCUAAUGAUAAAAAAAUUAUAAUGUGUUUUGGAGAAUCGAUACAGGAUUGCAAAACAAAAUAUCACAAUACGAUCAAUAUCAAUAUUUUUUAUACCCUUUUUUUUAUUUUGAAUAAAUUACAUCUAAAACUUUCUAAUAUUCUUAACAAACUCUUUUAAUAGGAAGAGUUUAUGAUUUAAUAUAAUUUGCAAUAUAUUGCAAUACUAUAUUUUGGGGAACGGUUAUGGUAUAAAAAACACUACUAAAAAACUUUUUUUUUUCACUCCUUAUGUUUGUUUAGAACAAAUUACAUUUAAAACUCUUUAAUGUUCUCAUCAUACUCCUCUAACAUUCUCUAAUACUGCAGGGGAUCUGUGUUUUCUUUUAUUAUUAUAACAUUCACUUCCUCUUAUAAUGGCUGUGAAUAUUCUGUAAAUGGGAGAAGUUGUUUAGUAAAUGUUGGUUGAGAUAUUCGAUGAUUAAUUCUAUAUAUAUAAAAUAAAAAAACAGGAAAUGAAUGACCUACAGUGAUUUUCCCCUGGUAGUGGUGAUAAUAUGUCUAGACCUGCGCUGCAUUUCUUUGUCAUAAGUGUGGUCAGAAGACUUUUCUUCUGUGCAGGGUGGAGACCUGUAGUGCACUCUGCCAAAGCUUUGUCAUACCAGCAGCUGCUGAGGUCAUUGAUGAGGUCAGAGUGUGGGCUGUUUAAAAGCAGUUGGAUUUCUUCAGAAUGAUGAAGGUAACUGUAGUUGAGCAAUACAGUACCAGUCAAAAGUUUGGACACACCUGAAAUUCAGUAGUUUUUAAAAAAUAUAUUGGAGGUAAAUACUAAUAUUUUAAGUAUUCUAAUAUUAAGUUAAAAGUGUUAAACAAACCAAAAUAUAUCUUGCUUAGAUGACAGUUUUGCACAUCUUGUCUAGAUUUUCUCAGUCAGCUUUGAGUUAGAGUCACCUGGAAUGGCAUUCAGUUAACAGCUGUGCUGAACUUGCCUUGCUUCUUAAUGUGUUUGAGAGCAUCAGUUGUAAAGUUGUGAAGAGGUAGAGCUACAGGUAUACAUUGAAUAGCUCUAUUUGAGUAAUGUUCUAAUCCAUAUUAUGGCAAGAACUUCUCAAGUAAGUAAAGAAAAAAAAAUACUUUAAGUUAUGUAGGGCAGUCAAUCAAAAAAAAAUUUUAAGAACCAUCAAAAAAACGCUAUGAUAAAACUGGCACUCAUCAGGACGGCCCAGGAAAGGAAGAGCAAGAGUUACCUCUGUAGCACAGGAUAAGAUCAUCAGAGUUACCAGCCUCAAGUUAAACCACAAGUUUAAAGCUCCCCAGAUAAGAGCACCAUAAUGCUUCACAUAGUAUUUUCUUGUUUUUUUUAACACUUUUAACAAAAUUACUACAUGAGUCUGGAUGACUUCAGUAUUCAUUUAAAAUGAAGGAAAAAAAUAAAAACAUUGAAAAGGAAGGUGUGUCCAAACUUAUGACUGGUACUGUAUAUACACUCACCCAAAAGGAAGAUAAAUGUUACCAGGAACAAUAAAUGAUAACAAUUUAGACUGAUAUGGGCAAUAUGUUUAUAAUUAUUUAUUGAGCUACACAUACAGAAGUAGUGUAUAACGCAACAUGCCAAGAGUUAUAGAGGUUCCUAAUGGUGUCCUGCUAUAAUCCUUCCCAUACAAAUGGGAUAUUGGUAUAUUAGUAUUGGAAUUGAAUAUUCUCACAGUUUCUGCAGAUUUUGUUGUAGGGGUGGCGUGUUGGUGGCACAUCCAAUAUCAUCCCACAGAUUUUUAAUAAGGGAUAGGUUGACUUUUACAUCUUAACGUUCAAGAUACAGAUGCCAUGUGUACAUUUUUUUUAUAAUUUAUUAUUAUUAUUGUUCCUGGUAAACUUUAUCUUCUGUUUGAACAGCAUCACAUUUCCACACUUCCUUCUAGGUGCCAUUUUUUUUUUUUUUGAUGAUGUGUGUGUUUAAAGAGUGAUUCAGACUAGGUGGGUUCAGUACACAUAAUUAGACCUUGACAACUGUGUAGGACGCUUGCUGUCAUGGUUAUGGUUAUGGUUAGUGUCUUUCAGUGUGUUAAUAGGUUUCAAAUUCCCAGAUCAACUGCUUAUGAGCAUUAAAGGGUCCAUAUAUCUCAUAUAUCUCUAAACAUACAUUUCAUAAGUGUCAAAAUAUACAUAUCAUGCAUUUUAUUUUAUACAUACAUUAAGCUACAUAAAUUGUGAUAAAGAGUGUUUACAUGCACAUUCAUAAUUAGUUUACGGCAGUUUUAGCUUUCCAGAUCUCUUCAGUUCUGAUUCUGUUUUUUGUUUAACGAUGCAUGAAUAAGCAGAUUAAUAUUUUGCUGUUCUAAAAUCUUCAUGUUCGCAGUAGCUCAUGUAUCAGCGCCAUUAGCAGCAUCAUGGUUGCUCAGGUAACCAGAAAAGGCUAUUGUUGCCAGAAAAAGGUCCUGGGACCUACCACAUCAGUAUUUUUAAAUAAAUGUACUGAAUGUGGCUUGGAAGGAAUGCUAACAGAAGAGUAUUGUUGCCAUUUAUCAUAAUAUUUUGCCAUCUCCCCACUCAGGAACAUUGUUGCUUUCAAUUUAAUAUAAAAAAAUAUACAGAAUUUGAUAAAGAGAGCUAGAUUUUAGCUCAGAACUGGGAUUUCUCUAAACUCUUAGCUAGAGAAUUCUUGGAUUUCUCAGUCUGUGCAAAGCAAAAAUCUCAAUAUUGCUUAGAGUUUUCCCAUUAUCUGAUUUCCCAGGUUCUAAAACACAUUGAUCAGCUUGCUGACAAACUCAAAUGUUCUGUAGUAAUCAGAUUAGAAAGUGUAUGUAAACGCGUGACAUGGAAAAAUGUUAAUGUAUCUUUCCAUUUAUUCUAAAGCAUUGUGACUCUUCCUCACUAAAGUUAUACUCACUGAGUGUUUCAGCCCAGACAGCUUUUUAAUGGGGCACAAUUUGAUAAAAAAUUAUAUAUUGGAUGGCUCUGAUACAAAAAACCCACACAAAUAGGAGCACAUGUGGAACACAGAAAAUGGAUAAACGCAUGAAACUAGGAAGAAUGUACUCGUAUAAGAACAUUGAAUUACAAAAUAUACUACCAAAAUAUGGAUGUUUGCUACUUAGGACACCAUUUUUCAUUGAUUAUGUAGCUCUAGUAGUACAUAUUAUUAGGAUAUGAGGGUCUAAUAGAUAGUCUGAACUAUAGAGACUAGCAUACAAAUGAGUUUGGGAGGAAUUUAUACAUACUUGCAUAUCUUAGUGUGUGAUUGUAGCAAAGUUAUUGUUUGAUAUUGAUUGAUUUUUCAGCGUUUUGUCUUUGUGUAAAUGCAUAUUAGGACAUAAAGACUGUCAGUGCUAAUUGAUAUUUUGUUUAUUAAUGUGUUUGUGUGUUUGGAAUAAGUAAUAAUGUGCCUUUCAGGUCAUGUAAGUCUAUGUAAUGCUUCUUGGGGCACAGUCUACUGUGUACAGACACUGUUUUAACGAGUGCUCUUACAGAAAGGGCUUUAACUAUGCACUUUUGGUUACUGCAAAUAAACAAAACAAUUCUACCUAAA